CUUCAUCUGACAUGGCCAGCGAAACGCCAGAACCUGAAUGUUUCUUCGUGUCGCCUUAUGCCGACCUCCUCACUCACAACCGAUUCUUACUAACGCUUCGGUCACAAGAGGGCCGUUAUCAUUCCCUCAUUCUCUUUCGUCUUUCGUCGGUGGGAGAGCAGAUAGAUGCACGGUCUUAUCAUACACCAAACGAGGGGCUACCCACGAGCCACCCCUACAAUCAACUAUACGCAAUGGAAUCCACAUGCCCUCACCUAGGGGCAGACAUGUCCCAUGCGGAGAUCGAGGAAUGUGAAACGGGCAUUGUAGCUGUUUGUCCUUGGCAUAGGUAUGACUUUGACCUUCGAACUGGCCACAGCGAGACGGGGCUCCGUGCAUGUACGUAUACGGUCCAAGUGAAGGAAGACGAGGAAGACCGCAUUCCUUGCGUUUGGAUCCAAUCUCCCGAGCAGGGCAGUAAAUGGCGCGUCCUUGAGCGAAGAGGCAUAUCAGAAGAAUUCGCUGAUCCAGUAAAGGCAAAGCUAAGCGAGGAAUCUGCGACCUCGAACGAUAGUAUUUCCGAGCAGGCUGGAGUAGAGCCCAUUAUUCCAUUGGAUGGAGAGCCUACAACACUCAUACAGUGGGCUGUUUUGAUUCUGAAUACCCCAAAUCCUACUCUCAAAGUCCAGAGGACCCAGCAUGCGGUACAUCUUUUCCGAACGGGUAAACUUGCUUCGAUUGGGCACAAGAACAAGAACCCACCCAUACCACCUGCAGUCCCCCCUCGAGAGGAAAAUUACACACGAAAUACGGUCGACCCUCGGAAACUUGCCAAGAGAAAGAAUGCUGCCGUGAUGCUUCACGCUCUCGCAAAUAUUGAGCAAUGGGCGAUCGAUCUCGCGUGGGACAUCAUGGCACGAUUUGGCCCUUCUCAUCCAGAUAUUCCUCCUGCGUUCUUCUCGGACUUUGCCAGGAUGGCUCUCGAUGAAUCAAAGCACUUUUCCCUCCUCGUAUCUCGCCUUGCCGCAUUAUCACCGAGCACCCCGUACGGCAGCCUCCCCGUGCAUGCAGGCCUCUGGGAAUCGGCCACCGUCACCUCCACCUCACUUCGCUCCAGGCUCGCUAUUAUACAUCUCGUGCACGAAGCCCGCGGGCUGGACGUCAAUCCAGGCACAAUCGAGCGGUUCCGGCGAUCCGGGGACAAGGAGAGCGUUGCGACGCUCGAGGUGAUUCACACAGACGAGGUGACGCAUGUCACGACCGGGCACCGGUGGUUCACCUGGAUAUGUGAGCGUGACGGUGUCGAUCCGGUGAGCACAUUCCGCGAGGAGGUUCGCUGUGGCUGGCGGGGUGAUAUCAAGGGUCCGUUUAAUGCCGAGGCGCGCGAGACGGCUGGCCUGACGAGGGAGUUUUACGAGGAUCUCCAUGGCGAGAUGGAUCAGCUUGCAGUCCAAAAUCAGGAAAGCCAGCAGACUGCGGUUGAGCGUGCAUCUGCAGAUGUUACAGUAGCAUACGAAGCAGGAAAAUAGGUGUUUAUCGGCACAUGUCCAAUGGGUUAUCACUAAGAACGUUCUUACUAGCCAAUCAGCUAUCGCAUUGGGUCAACAUAAAGUUGACUAUAUUCAGAACACUCUCCGAAGAUCUACCAGCUGUAGCGUCUAAGGCCGCAUCGUAGUCUUAAGUGGACCAAGCGGGAGAAGAAGAAAUGUACUCCGGGACUCUCUGAACAGUGGUUCUGAGGGAGUUCAGUGAUACUGCGAGACAUGUAUUGCUCACAAUCGUCCGCAUGCUCGUCAUACAUUUGCUUUCGACUGCGACUGGAAUCUCGAUAGAUAUCAGAUAGCAGAUAGUACAUCGAUA